UCCUCUGUCUGAAUCAAUGGGGCCGGACUCAGAAUCGCGGACGUUGCUGCGGAAACUGAAGCCUGGAGAGGCGCCAGAAGGCGCGACCUGGUACACCUUUGCUCCGCUUGGGGAGAGCCCCUGUGCUCGUGUGGGCCACAACUGCUUGUACUUGCCUCCAUUGGACUCAGGCAGUAGUAAAGGCAAAGUUGUCAUUGUAGGGGGAGCAAACCCAAAUGGCAGCUUCUCUGAUGUGUACUUCAUCGAUCUUGAUGGACACAGCUGGACUUUGCCUCACUGGGAAGGCCUCUUGCCCCGAUAUGAGCAUUCAGCCUUCAUUCCUGUAAGCCAGCCCACAAAACUGUGGGUGUUUGGAGGGGCCAAUGAGUCAGGGAACAGGAACUGCUUGCAAGUUUUGGACCUGCAAAGUGGAACUUGGGAGAGUCCAGAAGUGACUGGCACACUACCGUCCCCAAGGACAUACCAUACAUCCUCUGCAGCGAUUGGGGAUCAGCUGUACGUAUUUGGAGGAGGCGAUAAAGGGGCAGAUCCUGUCCAGGAUCAGCAAUUUCAUGUAUUUGAUGCAGCCACUCUCACAUGGCAGCAGGCAGAAGUCCAAGGCAGUCCUCCUGCUCCUCGGCACGGCCACGCAGUGGUUGCUUUCGGGAGCAAGCUCUUCAUCCAUGGUGGCUUGGCUGGUGAUACCUUUUACAGUGAUCUGUACUGCAUUGAUACAAGGGAUAUGAAAUGGGAGAUGCUGUCGGCCACUGGAUCUGUCCCAGGAGGGCGGGCAGCUCAUUCCGCAGCUGUUUUCCAGGGUCAUUUGUAUAUCUUUGGUGGAAUGGACCCUACAGGUGCACUGGACUCAAUGUACAAAUAUCACAUAGAAAAAGGCCACUGGACACAUCUAGAGUUCAAGUCUCCUUUGCCCCCUGGGCGCCUGGACCAUUCCAUGUGCAUAAUUCCCUGGGAAGUCCCUUCCAAGAACAGAGAUUGUGAAGCCGCAGCUGGAGAAGGGACCAAUGGCCAGAAGGAAGCCACUGAGAAGGAAAGCUGCCCCAAGGGGCACCUGUGUCUUGUCUUUGGGGGAAUGGAUAUGAGGGGGGAGCUCUAUCAGGACUGUGUUGCAAGUCUACUUUGGUAA